CCCCGCGGGCUGCCGGCGCGGGACGUGCCGCGGCUCCGGGAGCGGCUCCAGCACCGCGGCUCUGCGGGACCCUCCGCACAGUGCCGGGCCGUGCCAAGCCGUGCCGGGCCGCCCCGCGUGGGCGGGCUGCGCGACUCUAUAAGGCGGCCCCACGGCAGCGAGCGGCGCGGUGCCAUGUGCGCCCCGGGGCUGCUCUGCCGCCUCCGCCUCCUCCUCCUCCUUCUCCUCCUCCCGCUGGCAGUCGCCCCCGGAGCGGCCCCGCCGGGACGGCCCCGCGCCCGCCGCGGGCUCACCUACCCCGGGACACUGUGGUGCGGCGCGGGCAGCAACGCGGAUACCUACGAAGAGUUGGGGGAGCACCGGGACACAGACCGGUGCUGCCGGGACCAUGACCACUGCCAGCACGUCAUCCACCCCUUCACCGCGCGCUAUGGGUACCGCAACCUGCGCUGGCACACCAUCAGCCACUGCGACUGCGACCGCAGGCUGAAGGAGUGCCUGCGGCGGGUGAACGACACGGCCUCCCGGGCGGUGGGCCAGGCCUUCUUCAACGUCAUCCAGGUGCCCUGCUUCGAGUUCACCUACAAGGAGGAGUGUGUGGAACCCUACCUCUACGUCUGGUGCAAGGCGUACAACACGGUGGCCGUCGCGGUGCCCAGGGAGCCACUGGGGCUGUACGAGUUUGGUGGGGAGCUCAUCGACCGGGCAGCGAGGCCCAGGGGGGUCCCUCUGAGCCCCCCUUGGAACAGCGUGGGUGGAGGAACCCUCCCUGAAGACCAUCACACUGAGACAGCCCUCAAGUCAGCCAAGAAAGAGAGGAAGGGGAAGAAGAAAGACAAGAAAAAGAAAGGAAAAGGUCUGAAAAAGAAAGGCUCUUCUGAAAAGGGGGCGCAGAGCCGUCCUGCACCUGCUGCCCCCGCUGAUCCCUCUGUGGGCCACGACCCCUGGGCUCUGCUGCCACCCUGGGAGGAAGCAUCCAACACCAUCCUGAGUGAUGCCCCAGUGCAGAAGGGCUUAGGCAGGGAGCCAACUCCGGCCACUCCAUCCCCGGUCCCUACUGCCAGCGGGAAGGGGAGGAGGAAAGAGAGGAACAGAAAGAAGAGGCUGAAAAGCAAAGCUGAGUCCAAGCCCACACGAGAGUCCUGAGCCCCCUUGUCCCGUGCGGGUCUUGGCUGUGAAAUAAAGUUACAUCUGCUCGAGCA